GAAUCCCGUCGGAUAUUCCCUCAUUUCAUGAGGUGUUUUCAAUAUUACAGCUCGCCUCAGUCUCGCUUUUUGUGUCGGAGGUCUGCUACAAAGAUGCUGAAGGGCGUUUUAAAGCACGUCCGUCGCUAUCCCUGGGUGACGAACGUGACCCUUUACGGCUGUCUGUUCGCGGGGGGCGACUUCGUCCACCAGUGGUUUUCCCACCGGGAGCAUAUGGACUGGAGGCAGACUCGGAAUGUGGCAGUGAUCGCCUUCAGUUUCCAUGGAAACUUCAAUUUCUUCUGGAUGCGCUUCCUGGAGCGCAGGUUCCCCGGGAACUCCGCCGGGAUGGUCUUCAGGAAGCUGGUCCUGGAUCAGACCACAGCGGCGCCGUUAGCCACCAGCGUCUUCUACACAGGUGUCAGUUUUCUGGAGGGGAAGGAAGACAUCAUGGAGGACUGGAGAGACAAAUUCCUCAAUACAUACAAGACAGGUCUCAUGUUCUGGCCAUUCAUGCAGUUCCUCAACUUCGCCUUGGUGCCUCUGUAUGUGCGGACCACCUUCACCGGCUGCUGUGCGUUCGUCUGGGCCACUUUCCUCUGCUUCUCACGUCAGAGUGGCGACGGCACAGCCAGCGCCGCCCUCGCCUGGAUGUUUCCCUCGAAACAGGAUGGGGUAAAUCCCACCGCUGAGAAGCCGGACUCGCAGCCCAGAGUGGACGAAACAACGGCGUCCAAGCAGAAGUGAUCGAAGUACAAUCCCAAAGUGGCUCAGACAGAGACAGUCCUGCGCUCUUCUGCUGUACCAGCAGAUCUUAGUGGCUCCUGCUGGGGUCAAAGGCCAAAUUGAGCUUUCUGCAACCUCAUUUUAUUUGCUGUUUUAAUGAAUGUCCGUAGUACUAUUUAUGCACUGGCAAAUUCAGUUACCUCACUGUUCCGCAGCAGACUCUCCAUUGCUGUUGUUACAAAAUAUCUUCAUAACUGUUCCAUUACAUAUCAGUGGCUUAUCUAAUAUAACAUGCAGUGUCAAACGAAAAAGCCCUUCCACAAACACCAACAAAUUAUCUACCACAGUUAAAAUACUUACUUUGUUCAGCACCUUAGAUGUAAUGCACCUUGGUUAGCAUCCACUGUAAAUUAUAAAAGGUGCAUUUCAAACCUUAAAUAUUUAUUUAGAAUUAAUAUAUUGAUAUGGUUCCACUCUCUAGGUGUCUAUUCAAGUGUCAUUAAUACAAUAACACAUCACUUUGCUACACACAUUUUCCUUUCUAGGUUUGUCUUCCUUUGUUGUUAUGAUCCAUCCUGAUUCAGUUGUGUCAGCAUGUCGCUGCAUCUCAUCCUUUUUUCCUGAGGUUGCGCCAUCCCCGAAGGUCGUGGUGGAACGACUGUUUGUUGCAGGGUUGGACUAUCUGCAACCAUCAAUUUAAAUGGAACUCACCAGUGUAUCACAGACUGUGGUCUAUUAUUAGCCCAUUAUGAAGUGCUGAGUUGCGGUGACAGGAAUUUGACAUUGGUGAAGAGGAAGAAAAUGUUCCAGAGCAGCGCACACUUAAAACUCCUGCACCACACAGCAUGUAGCCCCAGUGCUGCAGGUGGAUCCUCCGUGCCUCAGAGACUGUCGUCCAACAUGCCAAGCAUUGUCAGAUAUUAUGUUACCUUGGAACAAGAUGUGCGACUUCUGAACACUUGAAGAUUGACAUUACUUGAAUGUACUUGAUCAUUUACGUCUGUUCUCAACUGGAAAUGUUGAAUUCAGGAUUUCACCCACCUGCUCUCUCUUGCAUAUCUGUGUGAUGAUGUCUUCCUUUUUCAUUCUACUUCCUCUGGCUGCAAGAGGAUGCACUGUUUUUAGGCAGUUUUCUGGCCAAAUAUCCUUUGGCUAUUUUGCUUAUUCUUUCAUCCCGUAAACAAACAUCCUGGGCUCUGCCACCGUAUCUUAAUAGACUCAUAUGUUAUGGUGCUACUGAGAAGUUGAUCUUCUCAUUUGUUCAGUCAUGACAGCCUGACUGAUCACCUCUUCAACCUUUAUUUAUUCCCGACCACAUGUGUUUCCUCCUCAGCCUUUGAAGACGUUUGUUUUGAAUAAUUCAUACCAGCUGUUAACAUCUUUCCUCUGUCCUCCUGUAACACAGAUUUAUAUGAAGGUGUGUUGUUACUUCCUUGUGUGACCUGUUAUAUCAGUUUAAAAAAAGUUUUUGGCAGAAUGUUGAGUGAGACAUCAGGUUUGAAAUUGUGAUUUUUUUUUGUGUUAAGAUUGCACUAACGUUCAAAUAUUUUAAUAAAGUAAUUUAUA